UCUUUUACCGUGGACAUACUGGUUGAAUACGACAGCUGGCCUAUGGACGGAGCAGCCUAAUGAUUUGGUAUUUGCGAAUUGCAAGGAACUCAAAUUCGAGCUUGGAGAUAUAAUCUCUUUUUCUACCAAAUGGAGAUUAACGGAUCCAAAAUCGCAACCCCGGCACUGGUUCUUCGCCGUUUCGGACACGGAGCUGUGGCACAUCGUGAAGGAGUCCUACAUCCUCCCGCAGAGGGGUUUCGUCGACAUCCUUCCCUCGGUACAACGGAUCUCCGGAAGACGAGUCUGUGUCGUUCACCCGAAGGUUCGCGGCCGGCCGCUCACGGGACGCGCCGGCACCCGUUUGGCCAGGAGGAUGUGGAGGAUGCCUGUCCCGUUUGAGACUUUUUCAUGCAACUGCCACCACUGGGCUGACUACAUGGCCCACGGUCGGACUUACGGCGACGUGUACACGUGGCACUACCUGCCGGCCAACAACGCGUGCCCGGUUCACCAGCCCUUCGACGCAACAACCGACAUCUUCUCCCCUGGUUUCAAACUCGCCAUCAAGGAUAAGUACGGGCACCUGCAGAGCAUCGAGUGGCCCUAUAGUCUGUCCGACGAACAACUAGCCCAAGAGGUCAAGCAAAGGCGGGUGUUCUCGUCUAAAGUGACCGACGAACUCGCUACACUGAGAGAGACCUGGGCAACAAAAGUUCGACCGUUUUUGCCCGCUAAGAUUCCUCCAUCCUCCAUUCCACCCUUCAUGUCCAAGAGCUCCACCAGUCUGUCCUUUUUUUCCAGGGGUGGUUCCGGUUUCUCACGGCUGUCGUUCCGCCGGCUGUCGCGGAAAAAUAGCAAGAGUAGUUCGAAUGGACAUGCCAAGGACAUUUCCGUUGGUGGCCCAAACUGAAGGGGGAGGGGCUCCAAAUUGAUGGUGUUGGGAGGUCAAGACCUUGAGACUUGCCAAGACUCGUCCUAUUUCUAUUUCUGAUUCCAUGAUUUAAGUAUUUUCAAUUGUACAUAAAUUAAUUAAGUAUUUGCAUAAAUGAAUGUUUAUGAAUACAUAUGAUUUUUUUAAAAUACAUACAUGUAUGUACAAGGUGAUGAAA